AUGGGUGAAGAACAGAAAGUGGAAGAACAAAAGGUCGAAGAACCAAAACCAGAGGAAAAGAAAGAAGAAAAUGCCGAGGAGAAACCUCCAGCUGAAGAGAAAAAAGAAGAAGAACCAAAACCACCAGCUCCCUUUGUGUUGUUUAUCGAUUUGCAUUGUGUUGGAUGUGCCAAAAAGAUUGAGAAGUCCCUCUUGAGAAUUCCAGGAGUUGUAGGGUUGGACAUAGACAUGGGGAAGAACCAAGUGACGAUAAAAGGAGUGGUGGAACCGCAAGCAGUAUGUGAUAAAAUAACCAAGAAAACAAAAAGAACCGCCAAAGUGUUGUCUCCUCUUCCUGCUAACGAAGGUGAUCCCAUUCCUCAAGUCGUUGCCUCUGAGGUCCCUGGAUUAAUUACAGUCGAGUUGAAUGUCAACAUGCAUUGUGAAGCAUGUGCUCUGCAACUCAAACGCAAGAUCCUCCGAAUGAAAGGGGUGAGAACAGUGGAAACAGAAGUGGGUUCAAGUAAAGUGAUGGUCACUGGAAGUAUGGAUGGUGAGAAGCUGGUGGAGUAUGUGUAUAGGCGUACAAAAAAGCAAGCAAAGAUCGUGCCACAACCAGAGCCGCCAGCGGCGGAACCAGCACCGGACGCAGCUGAGAAGCCCAAGGAAGAAGAGGCGGCAGCAAAACCUGAGGAGAAACCAGCGGAAGAAGCAAAACCAGAAGAGAAACCACCAGAAGAAGAAAAGAAGGAAGGUGGUGGUGCUGAUGGAGACAAGGAGGAGGGGAAGAAGGAUGGAGGAGAGAAGAUGGAGUCCGUUGACAUGCAAAGGAUGAUGUAUUAUCAUCAGUAUCCGCCGUUGUAUGUGAUGGAAAGAAUCCCACCACCGCAACUUUUCUCAGACGAGAAUCCAAAUGCAUGCUGCAUCUCUUAAAUCCGGUAUAAAUAAAUCAUAUAUAACAUUCAGUCACAAAUAUUUUAGAAUGUGAUUUGAAUGUUACAUUGUUAAUUGAUUUAUUAAUUAAUAUAAUUAUCAAGUCUUUCCAUUAAUAUCGUUUCUAAAGGUCCGUUGGUUUGAUUGAAUACGACAAUCAAGAAAUGGAAUAAACGACGUGAUCAAGGUAAUGGAAUCCAAAUUACAUUUAACUGUUAUGUGUAGUUGACUUAAACAAUAAAAUAAAUCACUCCGCAUUUGUUUGUUAUAAAUUAGUAAUAAAAAAAUAUUAAUUUAAAACAAUAAAUUAUAAUUAUAGACAAAACUUCAAAAAUGAUUCCUGUGGUUUUUAAAAAUAUCAAGUUUAGUCUCUAAGUUCAAAAAACCUCAUAGAUGGUCCCUGUGGUUUCAAAACUUUUAACAUUUGAUCCUUCCGGCUAACUCCGUUACCAUUUAGCCGUUAAGUGAGGGGCAU